UAGGUGAAACAACAUGCAAUAGCUUCUUCUUCAUCUCUGCAACUCUGUUCUACUCUGUUGUAUUGUACUCUGUUUUCAGAAGCUGAUUAUCCCAGAGUUCAUUUCACCUUGCAGCUCAUAUGCUUUGUCGAUUGCUUUAAUCGGUGUUGGAGACGGGCGAUGGGAAGACAUGAGGAAGUUCGACGACAAGAUCCCUAAGCGUGAAUUUGACAACUUUAAGUUUGUGAAUUUCACAGAGAUCAUGAAGAGAGAUUCAUCAGAGUCAGCCAAAGAAGCUGCAUUUGCUCUUGCUGCUCUAAUGGAGAUUCCCUUUCAGUAUCAAGCAGCAACUGACUCAGCCUACAAACAAUAAACAAAGGAAAGAGUAUUUUGAAAUAUCAAAAAGUAAACCUUCAAGAGAAUCAGUUAGAAAGGUAGUUCGUGAAGAAGAGAAAGAAGUUCUGUUGCUUGAUAAUGAUAGUGGUGGCUCUUACACUAUGGAGAUAAUGCUCCUUUCCAUGAAAGUAUAAAUCUUUCACUAUGAUUAUGAUGUUAAAUAUGAUCAUUUAUGCAUACUUUUGGUUUAAUAUUUUGGUUUGUGCUCAUUAAGGUGAUGACAACAGUUCAACAUGGUACGACGAGGGCGAACUACUAUAGACACCUUCGUUGCCACAAAAACUGAGGAUCGGUAUUGUUCUAUCCAAAGGUCAAUUACCUGGUGGGCACACUGUCGUACAUGGACCAUUCGGUGAGUCAAAACCUUAUUCUACACCAACUACUCGAUCCAUAUCUCUCUGUCUUAAGACUUAGGACUCGAGAGUCAUCUCAUAAAACAUUCUUAAGAGCGGAGUAGCAGGAUCACUCAUAUUUCAUAAGUUUGAAUUUGAUGUUAAGAUUCGAGCAUCAGUGUCUUAAGUAAUCAAAUUUUGAUGUCACUCCCUAACUUCAAACUUAAUAUUCCCAUCCCUCAAAUCUUAUUUUCUCAGUGUUGUGUGCAGGUUGAUGUUGUCCUAAGAUUAUCAUCUCUAAGUUUUCUUGAUGCUGUAUCAAAGACAUGCAUUAAGAGGUACGGUACUAUUCUCAAAACACUAGACUUUGAUUCCAUUUUCAUAACACAUUCUUUCUGUAGUUUUCUGAUUCUAAGUACCUCUGCUUCCACUUUGUGAUUCACUCAGCUGAAGAAGCAUCUCAUCACUGCUAGCUAUGUUGAUGAUGAAACAUCCAUGCUACAUGAGAUGGCUAAGAAUGCCUGGAUAACGGUUCUUGGUGAAACGACAUCCCACAAUAGUGUGAAUCUCACUUGGCCUUUAGUGUGAAUCUCAACCCUCUUAAUAGUGUGCGUCAGAGGAAAAAUGUGGUUAACCCUAAGCCGCUUAUCCUGAUCUCAUGUUUUAGCUCUGUAAAGAAGUUGCACACAGUGUGAGAUUUCAGUUUCCAUAAACAUUUAAGAUAGAUCUUAAUCAAAAUAUUUUUUCUACAAUCGAAAGGCUGUAUCUCUUUAUUUAUUAUUUUUUUUUUUCUACAAGUGAUGAGAUGCUUUUUUUUUUGGCUGUAUCUCUUUAAUAUACUACAUAUGUACAUCUCUUUAAACUUUGGGGCCAUUACAGAUGCUUUGGGCUGUGAUCUGAAACCAACCGCAGAUUUGUUUUUGUGGUGAAAGAUAAGGAGCUUCUUAAGAUCUCGCUGGUCUUGGUCUUGGCCGUACUUUCACGGUAUACAAGAGCAAAAGUAUAUUCAUAUAAAAUUUCGACAUUAUAAUUUUUUUAAAUUGUAUUAAGCACUACAUAAUCCUCAUCAUCUUAUUCUAUAUACGAAAUUUAGUAAUAAAAUGUUUAAUAACCAAAAAGUUCUUCUUAAUCAAUAGUUCAUUUACAGUCUAGCAAAAGAUUUACAUCAAUCUAAAACUAUUUUAGCACACAAUAUAUAAUAUUAUCUAAAAUACAUAAACUUCAAAACAUAUAAGAAUAAAAAUGAAACUUCUUAUGAUAUUAUAUUUACACAUUUUAUCAAAUGCAAAUAAAAAGCGUAAAGCUGAUGAAUGAUUCCACCAUUUCAAAAUAAUAACAAAUAUUAAACGGAAUUAAAAAAAAUUCGCAAAGUGACAUGAGAAAUGCAUGAAAUAUAUGGAUUGUCAUGAACGGCAAACCGACAUUUAUGGAGCUGACAAAUGCUGGAGAUAGAUCAAACGUUCCUUAUGCAACAUAUAUAUAUCAAAAAAGAAGUGUUAUGGAACAAAUAUAAUAUUUAUAAUGCCACCAAGAAAACACCAUCUCAAUAAUAUGAAAAAUCGAUGUGUUGAUUGUUAUUACUAUAAGCAAAUGGAGAAGUUCUUGAGUUGAUUUUAGGAUGAGUAACAAAUGUCUACACUCAUCGACCACUACUCAGUUUUCACAUUGUUCAAUUUCAAUGUUUUGUUAUUUUGAUUAACUUUGCUUUACCUUCUUCACAUUACCUUAUUGCAUUAAAUAUAACAUUUUACAUUUAAUAAAAAAUGCAACUUCAAUAAUUACCACUUCCACUCCAAUAACACGUAGAAAGAAUAUGGUUUCAACUUACUCUUAUAAGAUACCAAAAAAUUACCCCCAACUCAAGUUUUCCAAACCCAAAAUAUUACAAACCACAAAUAACACACUGAAUACGAGAUCAAAUUUUUGUAAAAGGAAAAACAUGAAGACCAUUCGAAGCCCUCACUCACAACAUAUCAAUGCCACAACUCUUACAUAUAAAAAUAACUAUUGUAAAUACGCAAACUAUAUCUUAUCACAUCUAAUCCCUCUUCAAUUCAAUUUUUCUAAAUGACAAAAAACAUUAUCAUACGCAUCUACUGCAAAUGUAAACCUGAAACACAAACCAAAAAAAUCAUACAAAAAAUACUAAUAUAGAUCACAAGUAAAGUAUAUCCCGCCCGUAGGGCGGGCCGACCCUAGUAAUAUUAUAUUUUAAAGUUAGGAAAAUGCUGAACAGUAAGUCAAAUGUAAUUUAUCUGCUGUAAGUUAAAUCUUGAGUCUUUUUUAAUUGCAUGGCCCUUGGAUGUGGACAAGUGUUGAGUCUUUUACUAUUGUUUUGGUUACGUUUGAAUCUUUUUCUAAUUUGCAUUUUGAUUGAUCUUUUGCCUAAUUGCUUCUAACUUCUUAUAUUUAUUAGAAAGUCUCGUUACAAAGAUCAUUUGACUCGUUAUACAUAUUAGAAAGUCGAAACUGCUUGCUGCUCUUGAAAUUUUCUUCUUUCUCAAGUUUAAAACAAAAACAGGAAAACAAAACAUAUAGAAAGAUGAUACGUUUUAUGUGAAAACUACAAGAACCCAAAAUUUACUUUUAGACCUAAAAAUGACGAGAUGCCCCCAUUUGCCGUUUACAUAAGGACUUUUUCAUACUAUCAGUUAACUUAACUAUAAAUUUUGUCAUGAUUUUGAAAAUGAUUCGUCUCAAGCCUUUGUAUAUCUUUAAUCAAUAGUUAAGUCGUUUUUUUUUCCGACAAACUUUUAACAUGUUUCUAAUACAAGGAAAAACAAUAAAUAUUAAAAAGGAACUAAAAAUGAUAUCAUAUUAAUUAAUAUUAUAUUUUAAAGUUAGGAAAAAUGCUGAACAGUAAGUCAAAUGUAAUUUAUCUGCUGUAAUGUUAAAUGUAGAGUCUUUUUUUAUUGCAUUGGCCCUUGGAUGUGGACAAGUGUUGAGUCUUUUUCUAUUAAUGUUUUGGUUACGUUUGAAUCUUUUUUUAAUUUGCAUUUUGAUUGAUCUUUUGCGUAAUUGCUUCUAACUUCUUAUAUUUAUCAGAAAGUCUCGUUACAAAGAUCAUUUGACUCGUUAUACAUAUUAGAAAGUCUAAACUGCUUGCAGGUUUUCAAUUUUCUUCUUUUUUCAAGUUUAAAACAAAAACAAGUAAACAAAACAUAUAAAAAGAUGAUACGUUUUAUGUGAAAACUACAAGAACCCAAAAUUUUCUUUUAGACCUAAAAAUAACGAGAUGCCCUCCAUUUGCCAUUAUCGAUAUUUAUGUUCCAACCAGUGUGGCUUCCAGUGGCGAAGCUAAUGCAUGGAGAGAGGGGUGCACAUGCACCCAUAAUAUUUUAAAAUUUGAUAUAUUUCUUAGCAAAUUUUGAAUAUAUCUACGAUAAUGUGCAACUUUACAUCUAGGGAAAAUUCCAUAACUAAAUUUCGUUACAUUUUAAUACUUAAACCUUUUUUCCACCCAAUUUAAUAACCAAACUGUUUAUUUUUCUUAUUUUAAUAUGCUUAUUUUUAAUUUUUGUGCACAUGUUAAUACCUAAAUUAUACUCAUUUUAAUCCAAAAUAUUAAUAAGUUUCAAAUAAAACUUAAAAUAUCUCUAAUAUUCCAAAAUAAAUCUUAAACUUUUUAAUUUUUUUUUUAAGUUGUAAAAUAAAAAUAACUAAUUUUUGGAUCAAAUUUAAAAAUAGAAAUUUUUAAUUAUGAAUAAAAUAAAAAAUUAGUUCUAAACUUCAUGAAAAAAUAAAUUUGAAAUUAAAACUAAAACUAACAUUAUAAUUUUUUAAAGAUUGUCUACAAUUAGUUUGGGUAUAAAACUUGUAACAAAACGUUUGGGAAUAAAAAAAGCAAAAUGAAAUUUAGUUUGAGUAUUUUAUUAAAUUGUUCCUAUUAAACCUUUUGUGCACCCAGUAGAAAUGAAUCUUGGAUUCACCCCUGGUGGCAUCUUUAUAUAAAAUCGAUGCAAAAUUUAACAGUUUCUUGCAAAGGUUGUAAUGAUCCCAAGACCAUCUAAUAGCAUGUGUUAGUGGAGCGGUCGAGCAGGACCUGAGUCUAAAAAUAAAAAAAAUAUUAUGAAAAUUUCCAAAUAAAUACAUUGGUUUAAAAUUUCCAAAAUUUUAAUGUAUUCUUAAAUUUCUAGUUUAUAACUGGAAGAGAAACCUCAAAUAUAUAUAGAUAAAUUUAUUUACUUUUAAAAUCAUUUCAUUACAUUAUUAAAUAUAUAGUUAAUUUUUGUUUUGAACAUGGCUUUAGUAUAUUUUGAGAUGGCACUGAAUGAUCCUACUAAAUAUCGUUCAAAAAUGGGACAUUAGUCUAUUGGAGAAUUAUGUCAGUCCUGAGGAUAUAAACCUCUCAUAAGAAGUUUAGCCAUAAGCUCAACUCAUCGUCGUGAUACUUUUUGCUGGAACUACACAAGGAAUGGCCAAUAUACAGUUAAAUCCGGAUAUUGGCUGGCUCAGAAUGUACUAAAGUCAUCGGCUGAGAAUGAAGUUUUAGAGCCAAGUAUCACCAAUCUCCAAGCCUUUGCUUGGCAGAUAAAGACGCCGAAGAAAAUAUGUCAUCUUAUAUGGCAACUGUUAACGGGUCAUAUAGCAGUAACGAAGAACUUAACAAGACGCAAUAUGAGGUGUGACAAUUACUGUCCAAGAUGUGGAGAACUAGAGGAAACAGUAACCCAUGCCGUUUUUGAAUGUCCACCAGCUCUCCAAGUUUGGUCAUUAUCGUCCACUCCGACAAGCCCAGAUAUAUUUCCCGUAUCAAGUAUCUACACGAAUAUGGACUUUUUGUUUUGGAGAAAGAAUAGCAUUAUUGAGUCAGAACUCGACAGAGAUCCUUAUCCCAGGAUAAUAUGGUAUAUUUGGAAGGUUAGAAAUGACAAACAUUUUAGGGGUAUAGAUAGAGAUCCUUUGGAACUAGUUCGACAUGCAGAAAGUGAAUGCAAAGCCUGGUUUGAUGCUAACAAACUGGUACAACCAGUGGUACAAGAUAAUAACCCGGUGGCAACCCAAGUCAUAAGCUUGGGUAAUAUCUGCUUAUUAGAUGGAUCUUGGACAUCUUUUGCUCAAUUCAGUGGAUGCGGAUGGGUAUGGAUGGACAGUGAUGGGAACAUUCAACUUAUGGGAACAAGGAACUUCACUCGACGCGAAUCAGCUUUGCAUUCAGAAGUAGAAGCACUGCAAUGGGCGAUGGAGAAUACGCUUCAACACUCAACAUGUCAGAGCUUUGGGAUGGCCAAUUUUUACGACGGAGUUGGAGAGGAUAGAGACGUUACAGAUAUGCAUCCCGGACUUCAGCAUCAUUCAUGUUCCACGGGCGCGAAACCAGAUUUCAGACUUUUUAGCUAAGACUGCAAGAUUCUUCCAUAGUGAGUUACUUUUUAUUGGUUGUUCUAUUCCGGUCUGGUUACCUAGACCACCUCAAGUUUGAGUAAUAGAAUGGCUUUUCGACGUAAAAAAAAAAAAAACUACCCUGAUAUUUCAGGAGAAGUUAUUAGAAAAAAUGCCUCGUAUAUAUGUCUCUACCGAUGGCUUCUGGCGGUGAAAUGAGUAAGCUUUUCCUUCAAAACGGGAAUCACAAAAAGAAGGAAACCAUGAAUAUGUGUUUUGUGAAAAUUUUAUGAUUCUUUUCUGUGCAUGUGUAUUGAGAUUUUAGAUUUUAAGUAUUGUGUUUACCAUAGGCGAGUCAGGUGACUUAGGGCGGUGAUUGUUUGGUUGAAUUAGAGUAAAAUUAAUAGAGGAAAAUUGUUUUACUUUUGUUUACCAAUCAAGCUGAAAAAAUAGUUCUUUCAUUUUAUUUUUAACUUUUUGUCGUCUUUUAUGAUCUGUGAAAUUUUUUAUAGUCUUUUAUUUGAAAUUGAACUUAAGAGUAAAUACUACAAACUAAUAAAAUAGUUCGUAUGUUUCAUUUUAUUAUAAUUAGGUGUUUAGCCAGCGCAUGCGGACAUAAACGUUUUAUAAUUACUUAUUAGUUAUUCAUCAAAAGACUAUAACGAUGAAUUAUUAUUUAUUUUUUUAUUUGAAAAUUCUUAUCAUAGAUGUCAAAAAAAUAAUCUUACCACCCUAUGUAUUAUAACUUUUUGAAUUUUUUUUGGUACAAAAAAUUCAUUAUUAAUAUAUAAAACUUAAAAAUCACUCAAUAUUUUCUUUUCAAUUAUAUAAAAUUAAGAAUUUUACUUGAUUAAUAUUAAUUUAGUUAUGUGUUUUCUGUUUUUAAUUUUUAAUUUUUAUUAAAAGAUAUUUCGGAUAACAACAUAAUAUAUAAGAAUCAUAUUUUUAUUUUAAAAUAUAUUUUUAGAUUUUGGAUAAUUUUAAUCACUUAUCUAAUUAGAUAAAUUUUAAAUUCAUUUUUUUUUUGACUGAAUUAUAUAUUUUAUUCAUUAAGCGUAUAAACAAUAUUAACCACUCUAAUAUUUAACGUGAGAGGUCUGUUGCGAAAAUUACUUCGCAAAUAAUAGUAUAAAUUUCUUUUUUUUCAUUUUCUCUCUUUUAUUCUGUUUGAUUUUCACAUAAUUACUCUAAAUUGUUCCCAGUCACACUCUCAAUUUAUUGUUUGGGCGAUCGAGCUUUCUAGUUCGAUAUAUGGAUUCAAUUUUUUUUUGGAUCUAUUGUUGAUUGUCUAUCUGUUUUAUCUCAUUAGAUAAAUCGAUCGAGUUUUCUAACAUUGAUUUACCAAACAAAAUAUCAACACUGAAAUAAAUUUUAUAUUAGAAGUAGAUAAUGUGAUACUUCGUGUUGAAAAUUUUAACUUGUUGAAAAAUACAGUUAGCAUACAUGAGAUCAUUUUUGACUUUUAACAAAAACAAUGAUAUUGCACGGAAGAACAUGCAUUGUUUUCUAAAAAUAAACAUUUGGGGAUAAAAUAUUACCUUCAGAACUUGCAUGAUGCAUGCAUGUGCCAUUUUGUAUUUUUCUGGAAUACAUUGCCGUUUGUUUUAUUUAUUUUCUAAAACGACUAAAAUUCUGCAUUGAAUAUAAAAAAAUUCUGAGUGUGGGUUGCAUUUUUUUUAAGAUAUUAGAAAUUAACAUAUUAAUAGCCUUUUUUGUAACCGACUAUCUGUUGAUGAAAAUAGUGCCUAUACUAUCAGAUUAGGUUGUUAGUAUCACUCACUCUAUUUUCUCUUUCCUAAAGAAAAGAUUCAAUAUAACACUUAAGUUUUACAUUUAUAAAAGCCCUAAAAAUUCACAAGUGCACAGUUAUGCCAAAAUAAUAUUUAGGAACUGAUCAUACAGAAACUAAAAAUUGCAAUAUUAAAGGUUGAGACACAGUCACAAACUGAUUUAGAACAAACACUUGUGGGGUUUAUUGGUUUUAAGAGAAAAAAAAUGUAAGAAAAUAAAAUACAUGUAAAACAAAUAAAAAAUAAUUUAACGUCGUCCUAGAAUUACGCUCACAAACAAGAUUAGUCCACGUUCGUAAUAAUAGUAAGAACUUUUCUAAUCAACUAAUUAAAUCUAACUUAUGUUUGUAUUUUGAUUUUCGAUGAGUAUAAAGAAACAUACUUUUAAAAGAAUUCAAAUUUAUUCAACCAAAACAUACUGGUCUCUCUAUCCAAGUGGCGUAUCUUUGUUUGAAAGGGGUAUCGAUCGAAGGAGAUACAGCUGAGUCUUGUCCCAUCCCAUUAUCUGUCAAAAGACCACUGAGAUGGUUCCAAUGUGGAGGGUACUUUGAUUCGAGCAGACUGCUCAUAAGAUGCUUGAAGUAUCCACGCCAAUGUUCCAAUUUAACAUUUUCUUAAACGUGGAGAAGAUUGUGGACAGACAACAAAGAAAUGAACGAGUAUUUGGAGUAGCGAGAGAAAACAAACUCCCCUAUAGUUAUACCAGUACUCCCUUCUUGCCGUGGUCUACAAAUUAGUUUUGAAUUUGUCUUUGAUCUGAAAAUGGGAUUGUAAGAAUGCACAUUCCAUAUCCACAACAUCACAUCAUGAAUCCGACUCAGGAAAUCAAGUCAGUGCCUUCUUCUGUGUGCAGCUAUAACGUCACUCACAUAAGACUAGUGUUUAUCAAUUCCUAGAUCAAUAUAAACUCGUGAAUCUCUCAAAUCCAUAAUCAUAUCUUGAGGUGACCACAUAUCGGUCGAAAGACUCGACUGGUAUUGCAUGCGUGGGGGGUUGGUUCCAUAAUCAAUCAUUAGAAAUUAAAAUGUUCUAAUCUCUCUUAUUAUUUUACAAUAUUUAUGUAUUAUAUAUAGAAUUAUAUUUAAAACACAUUUACAUUUUAGGAUACAUAUAGCUGAUACACCGACAAACUCAAAAAAUACAAAUAAUCUAGCAAAACUUAAUGCUAAAUAAAUAAAAUUUAUCGGAUAUAUAAUGUCCUACAAUUAUAUAUUUCUUAUUUUAAAUAAAAAUUAUUUUAAAUAUAAAUAUAGAAAAAAAUUCACUUUAAAUUAAUAAGUUUAUAAACUAAUAAAUAUUAUAUUCUUAACUAUUUUAAUCUAUAAACUGUAAUUAGUGUUGAGAAUUACGUAAACAUGAUACAUAUAAACUGAUUUCUCCAAUAACAAAUAGAGAUUCGUGCAUAGAACGGAAUAACCUUAACAAUAAAAACAUAUUUACACUUGAUGUGGUUGAUUUGAUGUAAAAAUAUGUAGAAAUUGUAGAUGAUAUAGUGCAAGGGAGAUAAAUGAUAAAUCUAUAUAGGAAAAGCCAUAGAAAUCAAAGUUAACCAUUUCUGGAGAAAAAAAACAAUCAGCUUCAGUGCCAAUUUUAUUUCCAACAUUAUUUAAGCUCUGUAUCAGAACCUUUUAAUAGUAAACUUUUAGUAGUAUAUGAGAUGCUCGACAUCAAUCAUAUUAUUAGGGAACCACUUGAUCGAGUCCAAGAUCGACAGCCAAAUAAAUGAAUUAAAAACGUGAAUCAAUCAGAGUAUUAUAGAAAAAGAGACGAUCGAGUCCUAAAUUUAUUGAAGAAACUCAACACUUGAAAUUGUAUUAUUCCAGCCAAACUAAUUUUGUAAAAAAUUCAACACAUGUUCACACUCAAUUAGUAGAAGAAACUCAACUGUUCACACCCAAACAAAUAUUAAAAUACUUUAUUUUACUUAAUAUAUACUCAGUUUCCAUUUGCUUUUUUUUUAUUUACAUAAUUCAUUUUCAUUAUUUUAAAUGACCCUUAAUUUUCCACUUCUCCAAAACGUCAUUGGCUACGUAUAUUUGAUAUACCUUGCCUCUAUAUAUGUUAUUUAGCAUAUGUGAUCAUCGUUACUCAUUCGCAAACAAAAAUGGAUAAAAGAUGGAGUCUUCAAGGCAUGACUGCCCUUGUAACUGGUGGAGCUAGCGGAAUCGGGCAUGCUAUAGUAGAAGAAUUAGCUAGUUUUGGAGCUACAAUCCAUGUAUGCGACAUAUCUGAAACACUGCUUAAUCAAAGAUUAAGCGAAUGGGAAAAUAAAGGGUUUCAAGUGAGCGGUUCAAUAUGUGAUGUAUCCUCUCGGCCUGAGAGAGAAACAUUGAUGCAAACUGUCUCAAAGAUGUUCGAUGGCAAGCUGACCAUUCUUGUGAAUAACGUUGGCGUAGUUCGCCUUAAACCAACAACAGAAUAUGUGGCAGAAGAUUUCUCGUUCCAUAUUUCAACAAACUUGGAAUCAGCUUAUCAUCUUAGCCAGCUUUCACAUCCUCUUUUAAAGGCUUCUGGAUUCGGAAGCAUUGUUAUGAAUUCUUCUGUUGGAGGGGUUGUAUCAAUGGAAUGUGGAUCCCUCUAUAGUUUAACGAAAGGAGCUAUGAAUCAACUAGCAAGAAGUUUGGCGUGUGAGUGGGCAACUGAUGGCAUAAGAAUUAACUCUGUUGCUCCUAAUUUUAUCCUCACUGAUAUGGCUGAACCUCAUCUUGAAGACGCGGGUUACAAGAAGAGUUUGUUCAGUAGAACUCCGCUUGGUCGUGCUGGAGAGCCAAAAGAGGUUGCAUCACUUGUCGCCUUUUUGUGUCUACCUGCAGCGUCAUAUAUUACUGGUCAGACCAUUUGUGUUGAUGGAGGUCUCACUGUCAAUGGUUUCUCAUAUAAGCGACAGGCUUGAGCCAUACUUGUGUGUGUGUUUCUCAAUAAUUUGUCUAUGCAAUAAGAGAAAGUGAUCCUCCUAGCUGUAGGACCAUUAUCUCAUUUUCCAUGUCCACAAGUUAAGGAAUCGAUGAUUCCUUUUCCUUUGUUUCCUACAUACAUAUUUCAGUAAAACAAUAAUGAAUAAAGACAGGAGAAUGAUACGUAACUAUGGUUAGAUAGAUUAGGAUAUUUUACAUUAAGAGUUUUGGUAAUUUUCUAUAGAGGGAUGGUUUUGAAGUUUUCCUUUUUAUGAUUAAUAAUAAAUAAGCUUCCAAGAAUUAACUUAAUCUCUAAGAGAGGUUAGGUUAAAAGAAAGUAAGCUUUUUGGUUCAUAUCAACUUGGUAUAAAAGCCGAACGAUCCGAUUGGAGAUUAUGAUUCCAUUAAAUCCCUUGCUACUGAGUUGCAUGAGAUGUUUCAAGAUCUCCAAGAAAUGAUAUUAGAGCUAGAGAAGAAAAAAAGAAAACAAGCAGCGUUAGAUAUGGAGACGUUUGCUCGUGCCCAUGAAGAAACACGCAAGCAGACCAACACAACAAAGGAGAAACUUUAUGAGGAGAACGUGGAGGAACUUCAAAAAGAGGAAAGUCUCCCCUUAUCUAAGACGAGCACUAUAAAGUCAGACGCGUUAAUAGUAACUCGACUAGAGAAAUCUAACCACGAGACAAAGAACGAUUUGGGUGGCAGACAAAUACCUAAAGUGCUAAAGAAGACGUCUAGUAGAACUUUCAGAAAGAUAUGGAGCUGUCAGAUUCAUAUCACUGAGGGGAUAAUGAUACGUGAUUAUGGUUAGAUAGAUUAGGAUAUUUUAUAUUAAUAGUUUUGGUAAUUUUCUAUUUAAUAGGUGGUCUUGAAGUUUUCCUUUUUAUAUUAGUUUAAGAGUUUUCCUUUUUCUACGAAGUUGUAUCCCUAUAUAAGGGUUUCAUAUAUUCUUUAUAUAUUAAAAGAAAAUUAUUGUAAUAAAUGCAUUCACACUAUAAUAGACACACGGCAGCAUUACAAUGAUUUGAUAAUAAAUAUGUUUACGCGUUCACACUAUAUUCAUAAAUGUGUUCACACUAUGUACUUUGUAUUUUUUUUUUAAUAUAAAACUCACAUACAUGGUUCCAAUAAAACGCAGGACUUUUUGGUUCGAAUAAAAAUAGAUAACGAAUCAAAAGCCAAACUAUAUAUAUAUAUAUAUUAUUUUUAUUGUUUACGGAUAAAAUUAAGAAAAAUAUGCAUAAGUUUUGAUUCGAUUCGUUAUCCGUUUUGAUUUGAACCAAAAAAUCUUGAUAUCUAUAACUCUACGAAACAAAUCAAAUACUAAAAUACAAUAUAUAAAAAAGAAGCAAAUCACAAAUACCAAUAUUUUUUGGAAGAAAUAUCUAAUUCAAUAUGUUAUAUGCAUAUAUACAUAUAUGUAAAGAAUUAUAUAUAUAUGUUAUAUAUUAUAUUUUAUAUCAGUUUUACAAUAUUUUUAUGAAUUAAAUUUAUUAUAUUAGGUACUAGAAUUGAAAAAGUUAAAUAAUGUUUUAUUUUUGUAAUAAAAUAGUAUUAUUAAAAAAAAUCAAUUAUUUUUAAAAUUUAUUAUAUUUACGGAUCAAAUCGGAUAUUCUUUAAAAUUCUAAAACAUUUUGGAAAUCCGAGUCACCAAAUAUCUAGGUGGCUAAAGAUCGAAUCGACACGAAUGCUUCCAAAUACCCAGAUAUUUGAUCUGUGCUCACCCCUAUUUACGGAUAAAAUUUUAUUUUCUUUAUAUGAAAAAAUGACUAAUGUCAAGGCAUUUUUAUUUUAAACUAAUUUUAAUUUUAUCUUUCAUGUAUUAUUUUGAACAAAAAUGUCAUUUAAUAUUAAUUAACAUUAUAUUUGUCAACUAUUUUUAUAUACUUUUUGCAUACACAUAUAUGUGCAUCUUGAUGUGAGCACUUUGUAACAAAGUAUUCACCACAACUGAAGUAUCUAAUUUUUUUGAAAGUUGAAAUAUUUUUUCUUAAUGUUUUUUUCACUACCGACCAAAUUGUAGUGAAAUUAUUUGUCUUAAUAAUUUUCUUAUCUUUUUCUUAAACUAUUAUCUGUUUAGAAACUAUAAUAUGAAACUAUUGGUUCGACGUGACGACUAUCUAAAAUUCAUAACAUGAAAAUAAA